AUGGGCACGGGCAAUGCGCACGCCACCGCUCUGCAGCACCCAGCUUCUCGGCGGAGGUCGCGCAGGCACCGCACGCUGUGCAUGCGUUCGAAAGACCCCUGUACGGAGGUGGUUUGCAGCUUCGGCAGCACCUGCGUACGGUCCACGGAUGGGCAGUCGGCCAAAUGCAUCUGCAUGUCCUUUUGUAGCGGCCUGCCCGAAAACACCGUGUGCGGCAGCGACGGCAAGGACUACCGCAGCGAGUGCCACCUGAACCGACACGCUUGCGACAAGCAGGAGAACAUCUUCAAGAAGUUUGACGGGCCCUGUGACCCUUGCAAAAACACCCACAACGACAUGAAUAGAGUUUGCCGGGUCAGCCCUCGUUCGCGACGAGCCGAAUUGCUGCCCAGGCCUGAAAGCUGUCCCCUGAAAAAGGAGCCAGUGUGUGGGGAUGACGGGGUCACAUACGGGAACGAGUGCGUCUUACAUAGGACGGGCGCCAUCCGGGGCAUCGAGAUCCAGAAGUUGCGUUCAGGACAGUGCCAAGUUCAAGACAGAUGCCGGGACGAGUGCCGUUUCAACGCCGUGUGCCUGAUCCGCCGGGGCCUCGCCCGCUGCUCCUGCGAACGAGUCAUCUGCGACGGCGCCUACCAGCCCCUCUGCGGCAGGGAUAGCCGGACCUACUACAACGACUGCGAGCGCCAGAAGGCGGAGUGCCAGCAGAAAGCCGCCAUUCCAGUCAAGCACCGCGGACCUUGUGAUCUUGGCAAGCCGAGUCCCUGUUUGAGCGUCGAGUGCCAGUUCGGGGCCACCUGCGUGGUGAAGAACCAGGAGGCGGUUUGCGAGUGCCAGCAAGUGUGCCACAGCAUCUACGAUCCGGUCUGCGGCAGCGACAACCUCACCUACAGCAACCCUUGCGAGUUGGAUGCCAUGGCGUGCGCCCUCCGGAAGGAGAUCCGCGUGAAACACAAGGGCCCCUGUGACCGCUGUCGGAAGUGCCAGUUCGGUGCCAUCUGCGAGGCCGAGACGGGGAGGUGCGUGUGCCCCACCGAAUGCGUCGCCUCCUCCCAGCUGGUUUGCGGAACUGACGGCAACACCUAUGGGAGCGAGUGCGAACUCCACGUUCAGUCCUGCAUCCAACAGGUCUCCAUCGAGGUGGCAGCACAAGGCAGCUGCAAAGCGUGUGGGGCUACAGUGUGUUCCUUCGGGGCAAAGUGUGUGGACGGGCAGUGCCUCUGCCCCCGUUGUGAGCAGCAGCCCUUGUCCCGCGUCUGUGGCAGCAAUGGCAUCACGUACAACAACGAGUGCGAACUGCGCCUGGCGGCUUGCCAGCAGAAGGAAGAAGUGGAGGUCGAGAAGAGGGGCCCGUGCGAAGACGAGUGCGGCUCGGGUGAUGGGUCUGGUUCCGGAGAUGCCAUCGAGUGCGAGAGAGACAGCUGCCGGAAGUACGGCGGUUCGUGGGAUGAGGAUGUGGAAGAUGACCGCUGCGUGUGUGACUAUACCUGUGGGACCGUGCCACAGAACUUGGUGUGUGGGUCGGAUGGAGUAGCCUACGCGAACGAGUGUGAACUUAAAAAAUCCCGCUGUGAGAAACGGCAAGACGUUUACGUGGCAAGCCACGGACCCUGCCAAGGAGUCCCCACGCUUCCGUCUUCCUCGCCAGAACUCCUUCACUGUAGCAAAACCGUUUACGGCUGCUGCCCAGACAACGUGACUUUGGCGCUUGGAGUGGGGUCGGCCGGAUGCCCCAGCACUUGCCACUGCAACCCCUAUGGCUCCUACGGAGGGAGCUGCGAUCCCAGCACAGGCCAGUGCUCCUGCAAACCCGGGGUCGGGGGAUUGAAAUGUGACCGCUGCGAACCCGGGUUCUGGAACUUCCGUGGCAUCGUCACGGACAACAAGAGCGGCUGCACCCCCUGCCACUGCGAUCCGGUGGGAUCCGUCCGGGAUGACUGCGAACAGAUGACCGGCUUGUGUUCCUGCAAAACCGGGAUUACUGGCACGAAAUGCAAGCAGUGUCCCAGUGGCAGCAAGCUGGGAAUGUCCGGUUGUGAGAAAGAUCUCUCGGCUGCCUCGUCCUGUGCUGAAAUGACUUGUGAAUUCGGGGCGUCGUGCGUGGAAGUGAACGGCCUUCCCCAGUGUGAGUGUCCGUCAUUGCUGUGCACGGAAGCUGACACCUCCAAGGUCUGUGGCUCCGAUGGCGUGACCUAUGGUGACCAGUGCCAGCUAAGGACCAUAGCUUGCCGGCAAGGGAAGGUCAUAGAGGUGAAGCAUUUGGGCCAGUGUGCAGAAUCCCAUGCCAGCCAUCCUACCCCGCCUGCAACCCAACGGCCUUUGGACUCUGUUCCCCCUCUGGCACCCCAAAUCACGACUUUACCUCCCGAGCUAACCAGGACAUCCUCCUCUCCCUGGCAUUCAGAAGAUUACAUUUCCCGCCAGAGCCAGCCAGUCACCCGAAGGAUAACCAAGCCUGCUAUCCUCUCCACUCUUCCCUGGACGACUCAAGGUAUCCGCCAGACCACUGCCAGACCCCUCAUGACAGCCCCCAUGGUCCCUGCCACCACUCAGAUGGCUUACGUUGAAUCGGGCAGCGCGGAAGGCAGCGGAGAUCCAGAAUUGGGCACCAGCGGAGAUGAGGAAGGCAGCGGGACCAGCUCUGCAGGGGAGGAAGAAAUUGAAGACCCAAAGGUGCCCAGUCCCCACCUGAUUGAGAGAGCUACCUGUUACAACAGCCCUCUGGGAUGCUGCUCGGAUGGCAAGACGCCGGCCGCUGACGCCGAAGGAAGUAAUUGCCCAGCCACCAAAGUCUUCCAGGGGGUCCUGAUUUUGGAAGAGGUGGAAGGCCAAGAACUGUUUUACACCCCGGAAAUGGCCGAUCCGAAAUCCGAGCUGUUUGGGGAGACGGCCCGGAGCAUUGAAAGUGUGCUGGAUGAGCUUUUCCGCAACUCGGAGGUCAAGAGGGAUUUCAGGAGUGUCCAGGUGCGAGACCUGGGCCAAAGCAGCGCCGUCAGGGUCAUCGUGGAGUCUCAUUUUGACCCAGCGACUUCGUACACGGCUGCCGACAUCCAGCGGGCGCUUUUGAAGCAGAUCAAAAGCUCAAAGAAGAAAACCAUCUUGGUGAAGAGACCUCAGCAAGAGAAUAUCAAGUUCAUGGACUUUGACUGGAUCCCCCAGCUCUUCACCACGACCACCACGACCACGAUCGCCACCACAAUGGCUCCCACGGCUGCCAGCUCCCAGAGGUUCCCCAACACCACGACUCCCCGGAACCUGAAUCCAGGACGGCUGAACGGGAAAUCCUCCGGGGGAGCCACCACCAGAAAGCCCAGCACCACCCUUCCAGCCUUCACGGACCGGAAGAAACCCACGCGCCCUGUACCCACAACCAAGAAGCCCCCGCGGCCCUGUGACUCUCACCCCUGCUUGCAUGGCGGCACCUGCGAGGACGACGGCCGGGACUUCGCUUGCAGCUGCCCCGCCGGAAGAGGAGGAGCGGUUUGUGAGAAAUCCAUCCGAUACUUCAUCCCCAGCUUCGGCGGGAAGUCCUACCUGGCGUUCAAAAUGAUGAAGGCCUACCACACCGUGCGCAUCGCCAUGGAAUUCCGGACCUCCGAGCUGAGCGGGCUGCUCCUCUACAACGGACAGAACCGUGGGAAGGACUUCAUCUCCCUGGCACUGGUGAAUGGAUUCGUGGAGCUCAGGUUCAACACGGGCUCGGGGACAGGCGUGAUCACCAGCAAGGUCCCUGUUGAGCCCGGCCAUUGGCAUGCGCUGGUGGUCAACCGCAACCGGAGAAACGGCGUGCUGUCGGUAGACGGGGAGCCCCACGUGCACGGCGAGAGCCCAAGUGGAACUGAUGGGCUGAACCUCGACACCGAUCUCUUUGUCGGAGGGGCCCCGGAAGACCAAAUCGCUGUGGUGGCCGAGCGCACGUCCGUCACCGCUGGCCUGAAGGGCUGCAUCCGCCUGCUGGACGUCAACAACCAGAUGUACGACCUGCGGGAGAAAGGCGACGACGUGCUGUACGGCAGCGGGGUGGGGGAGUGUGGCAACAACCCUUGCCAGCCCAACCCCUGCCACCACGGCGGGCUCUGCCGCACUCUGGAGGCCGAGAUGUUUCACUGCGAGUGUCUCAACGGUUACACAGGACCCACCUGUGCCGACGAAAGAAAUCCCUGCGACCCCAACCCCUGCCACCUCUCUGCCACCUGCUUGGUGUUGCCAGAAGGCGGAUCGAAAUGCGAAUGCCCCAUGGGCCGCGGAGGCGAAUUCUGCGAAUCAGUUGCAGAAAUGGAUCAGACCGUGCCUUUCCUGCCGGAAUUCAACGGAUUCUCAUACCUGGAGCUGAACGGUCUCCAAACAUUUGUGCCAGAUCUGCAGGAUAAAAUGUCCAUGGAAGUGGCGUUCCUGAGCAGAAAUCCCAACGGUUUAAUUUUCUACAACGGACAGAAGACGGAUGGGAAAGGAGAUUUUAUCUCCUUGGCCCUUCACAACGGAUACUUGGAGUACAGAUACGACCUGGGCAAAGGAGCCGCCGUAAUCAAGAGCAGAGAGCCCAUCCCUCUGAAUACCUGGGUUGGUGUUUCGCUGGAAAGGAACGCACGGAAGGGCAUCAUGAGGAUUAACAACGGGGAACGGACCCUGGGUGAAUCGCCGUUGCCCCACACCUCACUUAAUUUGAAGGAACCCCUCUACGUUGGGGGCGCACCGGACUUCAGCCAACUGGCUCGGGCUGCCGCGGUGUCUGCUAGCUUUGAUGGAGCCAUUCAGAAGAUUUCCAUCAAAGGGACCCCCAUCCUGAAGGAGGAGAACAUCCGCAGCGCCGUUGAGAUUUCGCCUUUCCGCUCCCAUCCCUGCACGCAGAAGCCCACCCCUUGCCAGAACAGCGGAAGCUGCCAACCCCGCCUGGAGAGCUACGAAUGCGCCUGCCCCAGAGGCUUCUUCGGGACCCACUGCGAGAGAGUCCUCACCGAGAAAGCAGCUGGAGACUCGGAAGCCAUCGCCUUCGACGGCAGGACCUACAUCGAAUACCACAAUGCCGUGACGAAGAGCGAGAAGGCCCUGCAGACUAACUACUUUGAGCUCAGCAUCAAAACCGAAGCCACUCAGGGUCUCAUCCUGUGGAGCGGGAAGGGUCUGGAUCGAUCGGACUACAUCGCUUUGGCCAUCGUGGACGGCCGGGUUCAAAUGACCUACGACCUCGGCUCCAAGCCUGUGAUCUUGCGGUCUACCAUCCCAAUCAACACAAACCAGUGGAUUCAGAUCAAAGCGUCCAGAGUUCAUCGAGAUGGCUCCCUCCAAGUUGGUAAUGAGUCUCCCAUCAUGGGUUCCUCUCCCCUUGGAGCGACCCAGCUGGACACAGACGGGGCCCUUUGGCUGGGUGGCUUGGAGAAGCUCAGCCUGGCCCACAAGCUCCCCAAAUCUUUCCUCACCGGCUUCGUGGGCUGCCUACGAGACGUGGUGGUGGACCGCCAAGAACUCCACCUGGUAGAGGAUGCUUUGAACAAUCCCACCAUAUUGCACUGCGCAGCCAAAUGAAGACGCCCUGCUUCUCUCUCUCUCUCUCCCUCUCCCUCUUCUCUCUCCCCUCCGCCCGGCUAUUGCUGUAAUUAUUUUCUA